AACCUAAUAUGCACAAAUCUGUGAUGUCAUACAUUGGGGUUUGGUUUUGGGUGCUGAUAUUGAAGAAUGUGCAAGACACUUCAGUCUCAAGAGUAAACUGGAUCAGUGACAGGUGUUGUAGCCAUCAAUGCAUACCAUGAUGAUGUGGGGGACUCUCAUCGUUCUGAUUCUUACAUUCUCACCAGGAGCACUUUCACAAUCAAGAACACGUUUUGCCCAUUAUCGUUCAUGGAAUUCACAGAUGUAUCCAGUUUGGAGGGAUGGAGAUCCCAGAUACAGAGACUGUUGGAAAGGUGGAGAGGUUACAUUUGAAGUCAGAAGUGAUUCUCCUACACUGACAGGAGCCAAAGCUACUUUCAACAUUGACGUUCGCUUCCCUCAGAACCAGACAGUACUUCCUGAUGGACAGGUGGUGUGGGCAAGAAACUGUACAAUUAAUGGAACAUCCUAUACAAUGGGCCAGACUGUAUACCCUGAUUCUAACAUCCCUCAAGUAUGGACAGGUGUCUUUCCUGACAGCACACCCUUCACUAAGGUCUCUAACAAAAAGCCCCGCUUCAUCUAUGUAUGGAAAACAUGGGGAAAAUAUUGGCAGGUGGCUGAUGGUCCCUCCUCUCUACUGACCAUUGAUACAGACAGUAUGCCUCUUGGUUCUUACACAAUGGAUAUAGUAAUUUAUCACUGCCGUGGCAAAGACAAGUUUGUUCCCCUUGGUUAUGCAUCUACCCAGUUCUCCAUCAUUGACCUGAUUCCUUUUACAGUGACAUUAUCUCAGGUUGGUGACAUCAAUCAGGGUGACCAAAGCUUUAUCCAGAACAGAGCUGUGUCCUUUGGCAUUAAUCUGCAUGACCCUAGCCAUUAUCUCAGUGGGUCAGACAUCACCUUCAAUUGGGAUUUUGGUGACAAUAGUGGAGCUCUCAUUUCCCGUGAAACUACGGUUACCCACACAUAUCUUACAACUGGUUCCUUCAGGCCACAGGUGGUUUUGAUGGCAGCAAUCUCAACUGGUUGUCAGCUCAGUCCCACUCCACCAGCCACUGUUGUACCUCCGGUUCCUGUCUCAGAUGAAGCUAUGGCAGUGGAAAACAUUGUGCUGACUGUUUCUCCUCAGUCGGCUGAUGUCAUUCCCACAGCAGAGGAAGGAGUUGCAGCUGAUGUCACUGUCGUUGCCAAUGACUUGGCAGUGUCAGCAAUUGACACAGAAGCAGAAUUAGAUAAUACUGUCCAGGAGGUGCCAACUGUUGCUGGAGACACAGCUGUGGCUGAAGCUGACAAUACUGCUGCAGUUAUGUUAGCCACACCUGCGGCUGUUGAGGCUGAACCUGUGACAGAAGUUCCUGUAACUGACAUAGCCCCAGAAGGAGAAGAGAUUAUAAUCAAUCUGGCAGCCACAGUACUCCCAGCAACCCCUGCUGCUGUAGUUGACACUGCCUCUGUUCAGACAGUUAUAGAAACAGUGGCACCAACUGGAGAUGCAAUAAUCAUCAUCACCCCUGAGGCAGUGGUCACAGAUAUUGUAGCAUCUGUUUUACCUACAGUAGAAGACAUAGAAGCAGUUAAUGGGACUGUUGCUGGUGUCAACGAGGCAACCGACGCCAUCACUGGCUUAACUAGCAUACCUGAGGCAACAGUGAGUGAAUUAGACGUUGAACUGGUGGCAGGAACUGAAACAACCCAGGCCGCUCUUGUAAUUGCAAAGCGGCAAGCACCAGAAAUGCCAGCAGAAACAAACUGUAUGAUUUAUCGUUAUGGCUCCUUCUCUACAACUCUUACAGUAGUCCAGGGAAUAGAGAGUGUUGAGAUUGUGGAGGUGAAUAAUGUGGUCAUUUUGGCCACAGAGCUGGAACAGAAUGCUGUAGAUCUUACAGUCACAUGCCAGGGAAGCCUGCCAAAUCAAGUCUGCACUGUGGUCUCUGAUGCAGACUGCACAAGCCCUGUUCAGGCCCUACAGUGUAAUGCUGUGACUCCAACCUCUGAGUGCCAGAUGGUCCUGCGACAAUUUUUCAACAACUCUGGCACCUUCUGUAUCAACGUCUCUCUAACCAAUGAUGUCAGCUUGGCAGUAACCAGUGCAAAGCUCAGUGUGGCUAUAGACACAAAUUCUUCAAGGAACAUGGCUGGAACAACACUGGGAGUCCUGGUUUUUAUUUGUGCUGUGGGGGCCAUUGCAUUUUCAUACAAGCGAUUUAAGGAAUACCAUCCACUGAGCGAUUAUAAUGAAAAUAGCAGUUUCAGCUCUGGAAGAAGCUCAGUGCCUUUAAUGCUGUGGAACCUUCUGAGCCGGAGAUCCACUGCAGAAAGCCGGCCCCUCCUGCUUGGGCGAGUGGUGUGAAAAGCUGUCCACUUCUGCUUUAAGACAUAUUGCAUAGUCUUUACAAUCUCUCAAUAAGAGAAUUUAAUAUGAACAAUGAAAGCCUCAUUGUACUGUAAUAACAAAAUGUCAUACGUAAUAUACCUUUUAUUAUGUAAAUUAUGUUUUAUUGUACGUGGCAGUUGCUGA